UAGCGUCCUUUGAGUGCGUUUGAGCGUCGUUUGGGCUCGGCUGAGAUCAAGUGGUGAAAUCUGUGCUGUUUUGUUGGUGAUGUGAUGGUAUUGUAAUCACAAUAAUGUAUCCAUGUCUAAGAAAAGUCAGGUGUGGGUAUGAAGGGUGCGGAAAGGAAGUACUCCAGAAAAACCUGAAGAAGCACACCCAGACCAAGCAUCAGAGUACAGUAGUUAGACCUGUGCCAUUAAAUAACGUCACUUUUGGAGCCAACGGGAGUUUGAAGAUAUCCCAAGCAGGGCCAGCUUCAUCAUCAUUGAAUGCUGCUGAUAAUGGAAGCAGUUAAUGACAUAUAUGAGAGGUUUCCUCUGCACUGGCUGGUCUGGAAUGAUGAACAUGCUAAACUUGAGGAAGAAUUGCAGAAAAUCGAUGCCGACCGGGAGCGGAGGGACCCGCGCGGCCGCACGCCCCUCAUGCUGGCCGUCACCCUGGGACGGACGGCCGCGGCGCGAGUUCUGCUGCGCCACAACUGUAACGUCAACGCCGACAACGCCGCAGGAUGGAACGUGUCCCAAGAGGCGAUCUCCACGGGUGACCCGGAGCUGGCGCAGAUGGUGCUCCGAGAGCGGGACGUGCAGCGGUAUAGUAGCCGGGCCACGGCGCUGCCGGCGCUGCUGCAGCGGCUCACGGAGGCACCCGACUUCUAUGUGGAGAUGAAGUGGGAGUUUGCCAGUUGGGUGCCCCUCGUGUCCCGAAUGUGCCCGCACGACACCUACAAGGUGUACAAGCGGGGCUCGCGAGUUCGCAUUGACACCACCCUGCUCGGCUUUGACGAUACCAGCUGGCAGCGAGGCAACAAGAGCUACAUCUUCAAAGGACAGAGCGACCGUGUGGUGGUGACGGAAGUGGACCACGAGGAGCGCGUCGUGUUCUCUGAGGAGGUUCAGCUGGCCAGCGGCGAGGUGCUGGCCGGGGCGGUGGGACCGGACGCCGCCGCCAUCGAGCACCGGCUGACCACACCCAUCGUCACCACCUACAUCGACACGGCCAAAAUCAACUUCGAGCGGAACAAGUCGGGCAUCUGGGGCUGGCGGUCGGACCGGACCGAAGAGGUCAGCGGCCGAGAGUGUAAGGUGUUCUCCGCCUCGAACGUCGAGCUCAUCACCAAAACGCGCACCGAACACCUCUCCGAACAGGACCGGGAGCAGACGCGCAGCUUCGUCAAGAACCCGCUGCACUCGAUCCUGGGAGUGGCAGAGGUGGAGGAGGCGCGACGCACCCCCUCGCCCGAGGCGACCACCACGGAGUUGUCUGAGCAGAGUACGAACCCGUGCCACAUCAGCGCAGAGGAGUACUUUGACCCGACCUUUGACCUCGGUGACCGCGACAUCGGCCGACCCCGCUCCACAUCGGUCAAAACGCAGAAACUCAAGGCGACGCUGUGGCUGUGCGAAGAGUACCCGCUGAGCCUGCAGGAGCAGGUGAUGCCCAUCGUGGACCUCAUGUCCAUACAGUCGACACACUUCGCCAAGCUGAAGGAGUUCAUCCAGAUGCAGCUCCCCGCCGGCUUCCCAGUGAAAAUUGAGAUCCCGCUGUUCCACGUUUUGACGGCCCGCGUGACGUUCGGCAACAUAUUCGGCGUGGACGAGCCGGUGCCGAACGUCUCUGUACUGCAGGAAGAGGACCGGCUCACCUGUGUGGUCGAUGACGCCGUGUUCGAGCCGCCGCAAGGGUACCGGAGUGUCGGCUCCGGGGUGCUGCGGCACUACGGUGGGCCGGACGAGGAAGACGAACUGCUACAGAUGGCCAUCCAGCAGAGCCUGCUCGACUCCGGCACAGAGAACGAACAGGUGGACAUCUGGGAGGCGCUGCGGGCCGAAUCAGCCACACCGCGCGGCUGCCACCCGCCCGUCGACCUCGACGAACAGAUGCUGCAGAGGGCCAUACAGCUGUCCCUGUGUCCGGACGGAGAGGGCGGCGGCGGAGGGGGCGGCGGGCCGGUCCCGGACACCCCGGCCAGUCCCGACGACCCGGCUCUGGCGGCGGCGCUGGAGCUGUCCCGGCGCGAGGACGCGGCCGCCGACCUGCGCCGCCGACAGGAGGAGGAGGAGAUGCGCAGAGCCAUCGAGCUGUCAUUGCUCGAACAGUGAGUGGGGAUGAUCGGACGGCUGAAGAACCUGCUGGAGCAGUCAGACAACCUGCUGGAACGGCUGGAGAAACUGCUAGAACGGCUGGAGAAUCUGCUGGAGCGGCCAGACGACCUGCUGGAGUGGCGAGAAUUGCUGAGUCCCCACUGGAAUGGUGGGGAAGCGAGAAAUUGCGCUGGACCCGAAUGAGACAUCAGCUCGGCAAUACCGGCAAGAGUUUGCGCUAGAACGAGGCCUUGCGAGUGAGCGAAGUUAACCUCGAUGGAUCAGUGAUGAGUGGGGUUAGAACCUGUAACAGCCAUAAAGCGCUCGGCGCCUCCCGCACAGCCGGGCCGGUGUCUGUAAGAGGUCGAUGAUAUCCAUACGGACAACCAUUGGCUCACCAGCGGUCUGUCAGAACACCACGGGAUGUGUGGGCCAGCCAUCAGUGAACCUGGGUUGGCAGAGCGCGGAGUGCCGGCAGCAGAGGAUGGGAGGCGUCGGUCGAGAGCGCCCGCAGCGGAGGACCCGCAGAGGUUUGCUCAAUGACCGACCGAGAGCAUUCGUUUUUGCUAUUUAUUCGCAUAUUCAUACCAAAGCCAGUGCUAUCAUAUAAUGAGUGUUGUGUGUGUACGUAUGUAUGGCCUGUUGAAGUGAACUGACGCCUAGCUUGAGACAAACACGCUACUUAUCCGCUAGCGGGGCUGGGGCCCUUCCGAACGCCUUUGGUCUCCACGGGCCGGCGCUGGCAGGCGUCGGAGCCAAACUAUCGCGUACUAAGAUCACUGCCGAACCGGGGGUGACGGGCGCUGUCGUGUGGACCCGGGGCGGUCGCUGUGGGCAUCGUUCGGCGGGCGAGGGAGGCGAGUGGUGUCCCUGGCAACGUGUGCUGGCUAGCCUGACUGUGAUGGCAACUGUCGACCUUAUUAUGUACCCCCCCCCCCCCCUUCCCUAACGUCAGUCAAUACAUGCUAUUGCUGACAACCCCUAAAUUAGUGUUUGGCAAUAGCAGUAGCGAACAUCGUGUACGACCAUUUAAUUUUGACCUUUAUUUAUAAAAGUGAACAAACAACGCCAAACACCGAAUGAAUGAAACAGACGCCACAAAUGGUAACGUGAAACAAAAACCCGCACACUAAUAGAAACAAUCACAAACUGUGCGGCAGUAACAUCCAAGGACAAAAAUACAGCAUGCAUGCGAAAUAA